UCAAAAUUGUUCAACUCUUUAAUACUCCCAAAGUUAGCUAUAACCUGUGGUCAAAGCAGUGAUAGCUCGGGUUUGCAUACAGAGGUAACAACACGUUCAAGGAAAGGGAAAGAGAAAAACCCUAGCUCCAAGUCCCUGGCUCAUGCAUACACUGUAUGUUUUCAGGUCUCCAAAAGAAAGGAGCAGAUUUAUGCUUAGAUUACUAAGAGUUCUUCAUUUUUGGAAAUAAGAGUUUAUUUGAAGCACUCUCAGUAUUCAGUGAGGUGAGAAGUUGUUUCAAAGUUUUAUGCCCGUGAAAAUGAGGCAACAUUAGUUUGCAAUAAAAAAUGGCGCCUAAGAAGGAAUUUGACAACAAUAAAGGGGCAUCAAGACACUACUGCAUGAAGAUAAUAGCACAAUCCAUGUGAGAGCAGCAAAUUUUAAGGAGUCAGCUGCCAUUUGUAUUGAGCGCAUGCAGAUAUACGCUCCCAAAGGUAACAGUCCAAGCUAAGAUCUAUGAGUAAAGGUGGCUAUGUCAAGGAAGAGCAUGCAUCUCGAGAUUAUUAUCAGGGAUGUAGCAGUUUGGGCUAGAUUAUUGAUGGUUUCUUUAGUGGAUGGAUUGAAAUUGGAAAUGUUGGAUUGUGAUGGAGGAGGAACAUUGUUAUAUGAAGGUGGAGGUUGAGAAUACAGAGGUGGAACACUAUGGUAUGUUGGUAUGGGAGAGGAUUGGGAUGCAAAUGGAAGACUCACAAAAUGAGGUAUGUAAGAAUAUUGAUUAAUGAGAUUUCCCCCAUGACAAACAUGUGUAGGAUUAACAUUUUGUGUGGAAGUGGUCAUGAUAGAAGAUGUAAAUGUAGGCACAUAAGGAAAGGAUGUAGGCAUAGGAAUAGAAUGAUUGACUUGAAUAGUAGAUUGAGAGUAACCAAGGACUUUGACACAAAUUUUUACUGGCAUGAUAUUAGUAUCAACAAUAUGAGCAAGGCCACAGAACAAAUCAACACCAAUUUUAUCACUUUGCACCUUUCUUUUUAAUCCUUCAAGCAAAGGGAUUGCCUCAAUUUUUGAGUAUUGUUGAAUCAUCCAUUGUUGAAUAUUUUCAAAUUCAUUGUCAAUCUUCUCCAAUUGGUCAAUAGUAACCCUAGCUAGUGAUUCAUCCACAUCAUGAGAAUUAUGAGGAGAAUGGGUAUAAAUGAUGUCAUUUAUUGGAUUAGAGGAAACACCAACAUUCUCAUGGAAUAAGUGAUCUAAUUGAGGCUCCAUACCCUUAGUGACUAAACCUUGGGAAGCCUUAGUUCUACAACUUCUUCUCAUGAGAAUAUUGUAUGUAGGAGUAAUGGUAACAAAACUCAUACACAAAGGAGGGAAUUUUGAAUGCAAAAAUUAAAAAACUAUGAUUAAACAAUGCAAUUUUUUGUAACAAUGAUUGAUUAACCAAUUAAUUAAGCAAUUUGAAUUAUGAUUUUACAAAAUAAAUGCCUUUAUAUCAUAACAUAACAUGUCAUAAUAAUCAAAUAUGAAAACACACUUGAAAAAUUAUGCAACCCACAAGUUAAUUUUAGAAUAAUAAAUUAGGAUUUUUAUGAAUUUAACCUCUAAAUUUAUAAAAUUAAAUUCAAAAUACCAAUUAUGAGUGCAAAUUUGAAUUUUAAAAUGCAUACAAAAUCAUAUUUCAGACAAUAUCAGAAUUAGACAUGCAAUAUGUUGGGUUCACCAAAAUGUAAUGGAUGGAAAAUUAGGUAUUAGGAUUUUACUGAAUAAAUCCACUAAAUAUCUCAAUUAACCAAUUUACAUUGAAAUAGGAUCAAACCCAAUAGAUCUAGGCUCAAUCCUAAUGGGAAAGAGACUGAUAUUUUGAUUGGAUUUGACUGGUUAGGGUUAAGUAUCCUCUUUCUAAGUUGAAUUGUAAUGUAAUUGUGAAAUUAAGGUAAAACCAUGAAUUAUUGAAGUAAAUUGACAAAAAUGUAAGCUACGUAUGUCCCACCGAGCCACAAACUUGGAUCUGGGCAAAAGGAGAUGUCUAGAACCUAUUAUUAGAAAUUUGGCCUAAUUUUUUAGGAUCGGGUAGCAUAGAUUUGCCCCAGUCCUUCAAAUUUUUGAUCAUUGAAAGCUAAACAUGUUUGUCACUAUCAACUCUAUCGAAUUUCUUGAGUGUAUCUCUGCAUCUAUUUCAUACACACAAAAAGAAAGUAAAAUAUGUUGGGAAUAAGGGUUUUCCUUAGGUCAAACCUUGGUUUUGGAAUUAACCAUGAAAUUGAAUUGACAAAUGUAAUGAAAGACUGAAAUAAAGUACUUUACUUUUGAGGGAAAGACUAAAUCUGAAAUGUAAUUCUUGAAACCACAAUAUUUACUUUGAUGAAGUUUUGUUUGUUUUUCACAUAAAAUCAUUUAGGGUUUCAUGUAGGAUGUCUUCAUAAAAAAUUGAUCAUGAAUGCCAUCUUCAAUGGUUGAACUUGACUUCACUUCUGCUCCAAUGCUUGAUGAAUGUCUGAUUGCUUGUUCACUUGAAUUUGCUAGAGUGUAAUUUAGAUCUUGAUUUCAGUUCGUUAGGUUUAAAAUGAGAGGGGUAGACCUCCUUUUAUACUUGACUGUCAAAAAUCAAAUUAAAUUUAUGCAACAGGCCAACACGGGAUCCAAAUUCCUGCUCAUCAAUGUGACCAUUAUGAGGGUGCAAUUUGUGGCCCAAUUAAGAGGCCUAGGGAAUGGUACACUUGGGUCUUGAGGGACCAAGGUGUGGUAUGUCCUGAUCUUGGAAAUCAGGACUCCAAAAGUGGGGUAGAACUAGGAAAUUGAUGAGAAUGCAUAAUAGUUAAGUGGUGUGAUUAGAAUCAACAUUGCAAUCAAGCCUUGGAAUCCAGAAUGCCAAAGUGAGGCCUAGGUGAGGACAAAAUUGUAGGCGAGUACAAUUUAGGAUGCUACACUUAUGUUAAUAAUUAGACUAAAGAAAUAUAAAACUAUUGUAGAAACAACCAAAAGGAAACAACAACACCUAGGCAAUCAAAAUGCCCAUUUGAUAAAAUUCUAGUGUUCUAUAAGGGAUCCCAAGGACUCCUCCCAAUUGUCCUUGGUCUUCAAUUUUUUUUCUCUUCUUACCUAUAGUCCUCUAGGAAUAUUUUUGUUUAUCAUCCUUCCAAUUUUUUAAUGUCCCCAAAAUAGUCCCCAUAAUUGCCUUGUGCAUAAUCCCUUCAAUCAUAGCGAUAGUAUUGUUGAGUACCAUCUCCAUUAUUUCAAUUUUAUCAAAAAAUUAUUAGAUUCAACUUUAGUUUCUACAUCUUUCAAGUGUAUUUGUAAGUUCACCACUUUAAACCUAAAAACACUAUUGUAUUUGGUGUCCUCUUCAAUAUUAGUGUCUGGACACCAUCAUAUACAAGUUCAUGUUGUCAGUGUCUUGCUCACCCUCUUCCUAAGUUUGAUCUUCAUCCUCCUCCACAUUGACUUCUCCUUCCUCAUUGACUUCUCCUUCCUCAUCCUCCUUAUUUUAUUCAUCUUUCUCUUGUUUAUCUCCUUCCUCUUCACUUUUAAAACAACCUCCACCCAAACUCAUUUCUUCCUCCUCACCCUCCUUGUGGUAAACUUUCUCUAAAAUCUCUUUAUCAAUUUGAGGAAACAAUUCCUCAUUGGGAGAGUCAUCUUCUUCCUCCUCUAUCACUAUAUCCUUAACUUUUGAUUCAAAAUUUUUACCCAAUGAGGAAACCUUAGCAAGUAUUGUAGACCUUUAAUCUCCCAUCUAGGUUUAGAUCUACUUUUUCCCAAAUCCUUUUCCCCUUUGAGGUCUCCAUAUGUUACAAGUAUGGUUGUCGUUGCACCAAAAGAUCGACUUUUUAAUGCUCGAUACAACCACUAGACUUAUAGAAACCCCAAGAGGCAGUUAAGACAUGUCACAAACUCGAGUGUUGCGCUACACAACACAAGGAGAUCAAGGGUGCACACCUUGCAACAAUCCCCCCUAGUGCAAGCAAGGGGUUUGAACCUGUGACCAAGCUCUGAUACCACUUGUUACAAGUGUGGUUGUCGUUGCACCAAAAGAUCGACUUGUUAAUGCCUGAUACAACCACUAGACUUAUAGAAUCCAUAAGAAGCGGUUAAGCCAUGUCACAAACCCAAGCACCGCGUUGCACAACACAAAGAGACCAAGGGUGCACACCUUGCAACACCAUACCCAUCAUCCAAAAUGUCAAUUGUACCCUCUCCCAAGACCAGGGUAUCAAGAUUGUAAUCCACUUCUUUUUCUUUAUAGAUCUUUUAGUGUCAAUGAGGUUAUUACCUAUCUAGUUCUUAGUGGGAAACUACUUACAUCUUAAUUUCUUUAUAAUGGGGCCAUAUCUCAUUAUUUAGUUUUGACCAAUUAGCAUUUAACAUUUGCAUCAUGCAUUUAGUGUUUGUGUCGGUUUUUUUCAUCCCACCUCAUCACCUUGUCUUUAUGAGAAAUUUCUCUCAUGUAUAUUUUGUAUGCUCAUUAUUAUUUCAAUCAAUCUUGAUUUAUUUAAGCAAUCAUUCUUGUCAUUCUCUCUUGUGGAAGUUAUUUUAGUCUUUCAGGGAACUUGGGGGUGUUGUGGAGUCACCUAAUUACUCCAACACAAUCUAGGGUUGCGAGAGGUGGGGUUUGUCAGGAGAGAUCUUCAACAAAUCUUUAGAAAGGGAUAGGGUACUCAUAAUACUACAACCAAUCACCAAGUCACCUUUUUUAGUCUUAUCUUUUUUUACCUACUGGAGUAUCUCUAUCAACAGUGUUAGGGUUUUUUAUGGAAAGGGAUUUGUUUGGAAACUUGCUUUUAAUAAGAUUUAUCUUAACAUGGCUCUUUUUAGGAGAUUAAUUAUAUUUAGGAACAUUACAAAGGUUGAAUUUAUAAAUAGGCAUAAUUAUUCCCUGGUGGAGAUGAGGUCACUCUCUAUCCUUAAUACAUUUUUGGAGUGAAGAUAGUAAAUUAAAUGGGAGAUUUAUCUUCUCGAUGUAUCUAAUAUGAUUAAAUAUAAAAAAAUGAUAGGCAUGCAUAGCCUUAAAUCUUCCCUCUAAAGUGAAAUAAUUCAUAACAUGAAGACUCAUUAGAUCCCAUGACAUCAGAAGGCUCUCUUGAUUUAAUCCAUUCACAAAUAUUUCUACCUUCUCAUUCUCUUUGAACACAACUUCAAUGAAUUUUGGAUACUUCCUAUUGCUUUGACUAGAGAUUUUAAAACCUUUGUGGUUCAAGCCCAUCAUCUGAGAAAUCAAUUCGGAGUAACAAAAAAAUAAACCCCACCUAUUUUGACUUCACUAUGUUCCCAACAAUUACAAAAUUUGGAGGUCAACUAGUCAUUGUAUCCUUUCAUGGUGAGGAAGAGAGUAAACCUACGUCUAUUAAAUAUAUCCCACAUCUCAACAUUAUGUUGUAAUGCCUUGCAAGAGAUAGGUUCCGGUUAUUUUCUAGGACCACGCAUCUUGUUCAUAUCAAAACAAGCCUCACAAACAAUACUACAACCUCCUAGAGUUCGUCAAAAUUCUAUAACAGAGUUAAAGAAAGAAAAUUUGUCUCUAUUUUCUAAAAUUAACAAUAAAAAAAAUUAUUCUUAACAAUAUUACAAAUCCAUAAUUUCCUCUUACUAUCAUCAAUGAUGGGCAAAUAAUAAUUGAGUUUCAUCCGCUUGUCAUUUUAUUAGUAAUUUUAGCAGUUAUGCAAUUAAAUAAACCUACACACAUGUGGGGAAGUAAAUAAAACCAACUCGAACAUCCUUCCAAAGAGAUAUCAAUUAAAUAAUCAGGAGAAAAAAACUCAUUUACCCUUAAGCACACAUGAAUCACCUUGUUUUUCUCCCAUUACUUUAAUCCAUCUUAAUCAACUUUUAAAACCCAUUAUUGUUAUUUGUGUCUUUUUUUAUAAUACUCCCAAAGACCCAAAUCAUAGUCUUGAAAGUAAAUGGCUUACUAGGCAUUUUGAAAAGCAUGAAUUUUAAAUCUUUCAUUUGAAAUGAGCUCUCUCACUUUUUUUUUUUGAGUCUGGCAUAUGAUCAAUAGGUCCAUGAUAAUGAAUCAAGUUUGAGUCAUUAUGUGGUAUAUUAUAUGAAACUAAAGAGUCUUUAAAAAAAAUCAUUUUGAAUCAAUUUUAUUAUUUUAUUAAAAAGUACAUAUAAAUGGAGGCUAUAUAUGUACUUAAUCAUUAUAAUAAUACAUAUCAUUCAUUCAAUUAAUCUCACACUAAAAAUAUGAAAUCAUAAUUAUUCCAUUCUUAUAUUGUUUAAUAUGGGUUCCUUGGAAACAUAAUAAUGUUCCCAUAGCUAAAUAAAAAUAUUUAAUAAAAUUUUCAAUAAAAUAAAUUAAAUCUCCAUAAGAACUAGCAUUCAUAAAUUAUUUCAUAGGAAAUGAAGAUGAGUACAUGUAGUUAAUAGAAAUAUAUAUCUAUCAUGUCUAAUAAACAUACUAUAAAAUCAUAGGGGACCUCAUGUGGUUGAUCUAUCACCUCAUUAUACCUUAUUUUGUGUUUAGUUUUUUCUACCUUUUGAUUUACUCAUUAAGGUUUUUUCUACCUUUUGAUUUACUCAAAAUCUAGAAUUAGGUACUGGAGAAGUAAAAAUUAUUUCUCAAUUGUAUCCAUUUCCACUCAAAUAGGUCUCCAUAUUUUCUUCCUUUUUUAUUCUUAUAAACAUACAUCAUCUUUUCUUGCAUCUUUUGAAAUCCUUGUCUAUCUCCCUCAACGACUUUUUUGAUGUCCUUAAUGUCAAUAAUCUAUUGAUGGUGAGAAUUACUUCUAAUUAAUUAAUACAUCAUUGAUGUAUUAAAUUUUGUAAUGACUCUAGUGGGCCUAGGAAAUGUUUCACUUACCAUCACUUUUGCAUAUUAUUCUUUUAUAAAUUAUGUUGUAAUUUAUUAUUCUCUUUUUACUUGAAUUUAGAGAUAAGAAGAAAAUAACCUCAAUUGUAUAUUACUAACAUAGAGAUUGGUAUUUUAUUUCAUUAAAAAGAUAGAAUGUAGUCAUGUUGAUAGAAUUCAUAUAUAUGGUCCUUCUCCUUGGGUUUCUAAGGAUCAUUUUGUAAAAUACUCUUGGUCUACUAAAAUCUAAAGGAGAUCUAAAAUUACCCAGUUCUAGUAUUCACAUCAUUAUUCUAUAAGAAACAGUAGGUAGACCUUUGUCGAUGGAUUACAACCUAUUAUUUAUCCUACUAAUGAACACACCCUUACCUUCAUUUUUAGUGCACUAAUUUCUUUGUUCUUUUUUCCACAAUCAUCUCCAAAUAUUUCUUCAAAUGCUCUUUCUCCUUAUUCAAAUGCUAAUGUUACUCGUCGUGUCCUCACAUCAACCAUAAUGGGAAGGAAAUGAAAAAAUUCCGUUUAAUAAGCAAAAUAAGCAAGUCAUUAAGGAUAAGUAGAACCACAUUACACUAUGCCUUAGAGAGGCGAGAGAAAAUCGAGGAUCCUAACAAUAAUUCUCUUUGGGCAUUCUCAGGUAGACUCCCACGCAAGGACAAGGUUGUUGUUGAUGCACUAAGAAUGUUAAUUGAGAAAUAUUGGCAUGACAACACAAGGGUUUCACCCAACCAAAUAGAUGUUGUUAGAAGGUGAAUUGAAAUUAAUAAUCGUGAGCCACAUCCAAAACACUAUUUAGAUACCACUCAAACACAAUUUUAUGAAAGGUUUCCUCAAAGCUUUCCUCAGAUUAAAAUUAGUCAAAUAUUUUUUGAGAUGACAAAACCAUUUUAUAUUAAGAUUAAUCAUGCACGUACUACAUGUUGUUGUAGGGUCCAUGUUGAAUUUUCCAUGCAUUAUGAUAUUUAUUGUUAUAUAUGUUGUACUUUGCACAGUAACGAUGUUUUGCAGGAAUGUGGUCUACAAGCACCUCCUAAGUCACUGAGAGAAUUUAUUUCAAGUGUACUAUGUAAACGAGAUGACGGGUGCAUUUACUAUAAGAUGAUGUGUUUGAGAGGUUUUUGUCCUAUGCAGCAGUUGCAUAGAUGCCUAUAUCUGGAUAGCACACAUGAAAUUGGUAAGGAACUAGUUUCUAUUGGAAAAUAUAAGUCAUUCACAUAUGGUGUUAAAGAUGGAAAAGAAUUAAAGAGGCGUGGGUUAGUGAAAAGGGAUAUAUGUGUAGCUGAUUUUAUGAAGAUGUUUCAAGAGAAACUAGUGUAUGAGUACAUAGGUCACACACAUAGAGCUAGGUGGUUAGAUGAGCAAUUCAAGUUGUGUAAGGACACUUUCCCCCUCGACACUAUUGUCUCUGUCAUUGAUUUUGCUGAGAAUUAUGCACUAAAGCUGCAAAAUGAAAUACAAUCUAUGUAUUACCACUCUACACAAGUUACAAUUUUUGUUCACAUAGCAUUCAUGCAUGCACAUGAUAGCACCGAGGAGGACAAAAAGGUUAUAAGAGAAUAUCACUUCUAUAUCAGUGAUGAUUGUACUCAUUCCUCAGAGUUUGUGCAAGGAUGCUUUACAGUCUUCUAUGAUAGUUUAAGGAAAAGAGAUAUAAGAUACAACCAACACUUAAUAUGGUUGGACAAUUGCACCGCACAAUUCAAGAAUGCAAGGAUGUUCUACUGGUUGACUAGGAUGCAUGUGACAAGUGGUGUCCAACAUUUUUGGAAUUUCAUUGAGGCAGGGCAUGGAAAGGGAGAGCAUGAUGGUGCGGGAGCAUGUGUGAAAAGAGCUCUUACCAGAGAGGAAUUGAAGAACGAAGGUGGUGCAAUGUUAAUAGAUGCAAAAACAAUUGUGCAAUGGUGUAACUCUACGAUGGGACCAGGUAAUGUAGGUAAGUCUAUGAUUUCUAGAUAUUUUUGGUUAAUACGUGAAUGUAACAUUGAAAACUAUCUAGAUUGUUGUACACUUAUUGGAUCAAGUGACAUGCAUUCAUUUAGAAGUUCAAAUGCAACAUCACUAGUUAUUUAUACUAGACAGAUUGCAUGCUUUUGCUCUUUGUGUAUGCAUUUUGUGUGGGAUGAAUUUGAAUCAAAAGAGUGGGUUGACCAAUGGUCUUGUAGACCUUUGCAAACCCUAGAUACAUAUCAACUUCCUAGAGCACUACAAAUGAACCAGAUUGAAGCAUCAGUGGAUUUUGACCAUGUAUCAGACAUAGUUGAACCAGGUCAUGUAUAUGCAGUUAUUGCGGAUGAGAACAAUGAAGAAGGAACAAAUUACUUUUUGUGUUGUUGUAUUGAGGCCAAAAAGAAAUUGACUUCUACAGUGGUUGAUGGAGAGGGUAUUGAGUAGCCAAUAGGAUCCGUAGUUGUGACAGGGACAUGGCUUAGAAGGUACCCUAUAAAAAAUUCUAAUGCCUGGUUGUUUGAGGACUUUGAGACACAUAGACAUAUUGUUCAUUACUCAAACCUUCUUGUUGCAACAAAUAUUCAUUUGAUUAAAUAUCAUGGUAGACCUCUUAACAAGGAUUUGUGGAAAGUUCGUGAAUCAGACCAUGAGGCAAUACUUGAGACACUAAGGGUUAGAGCUGAUCCAGAAGGUUCACUUGAUUGAUUUUGGGCCAUAUAGAAGAAUAAUUCUACAAUAUGGUAGAAUAAUUUUGACAAUUUUGUAUAUAUCUUUUGCGAAACGUUGUAACUUCGCUUUUUUGGAUGUGCUCUACAUGCAUAUGAGCUGUAAUAUGCAUAUGAGCUGUAAUGUGCAUAUGUAGAUGCCAAAUUUUGUAUAUAAAAACAUCAAUGAGUUGUAAUGUGCAUAUCUAGAUGCUAAAUUUUGUAUUAAAAAACAACAAUGAGUUGUAAUGUGCAUAUCUAGAUGCUAAUUUUUGUAUUAAAAAACGAGUUGUAAUUUGCAUAUUUAGGUGCAAAAUUUUAUAAAUAUAAACAGUAAUGAGCUUGAUCAUUUA